AUGGAUGAUUGCAAGGCAGUCGCAAGUCCAGUCGACAUGAGCUCUCGACUUGUUUCAAGUGAUGCAACUACCAAGGUCGAUGCUCCUUUUCGCGAAGCUGUUGGUGCGUUGAUGCACCUGACCACUGCAACGCGUCCGGACAUUGCGUUUGCUGUGGGCUAUGUGUCGCGGUUCAUGGAAAAUCCCCAAGAAGAACACUGGGUUGCAGUUAAGCGUAUCUUUCGCUACCUACAAGGCACCAAGACGCAUGGAAUUUGCUACAAGCCAAGUGCAAGGAUCGACUUCCGUGGAUAUUCGGAUGCGGAUUGGGCUGGUGAUCUUACCGACCGCAAGUCAACAUCGGGGUACACGUUCCUGCUACUCGGUGCGCCAGUCAGUUGGGGCAGCAAGAAGCAGCCAAGUGUUUCGUUGUCCACGAGUGAAGCCGAAUACAUCGCACUCAGCUUGGCGAUUCAAGAGGGCAAGUGGAUUCAUCGUCUGCUUUGUGAGAUCGUGAUGGCUGCCAAUGAAGAAGGACCGGAACUCAUGAUUCAUGAAGACAAUCAGUCAUGUAUCAAGAUGACGAAGAACCCAGUCAACCACGGCCGUGCCAAGCGCAUUGUAUCAAGUACCAUCACAUCCUUGAUGAGGUCAAGCGCGGCGAAGUCAAGCUCAAGUAUUGUGAAACUGCGGUGA